UGUCCCAUUGAGGACAACCCAACCCAUUGUCUAUCUAUCCAUCUCUCUUAACCCUUUUCCACACGCAGAACAUUAAAUUUCUUCCCAAGCUUCUUCCUGUUGAAAACGUUGUUGUUUCUGCUACCGAAGAUACUCAGACGAUCUCUCUCGUACUGGAAGGACUCUGCUUUCUGUAGCGUGGAGGUGGAACCAAACGUUAGUUUACUUUUGAAAUAAAAAUGGGUUAUAUGUGUGACUUCUGUAAUGAACAAAGAUCAAUGGUGUAUUGCCGCUCGGAUGCAGCGUGUUUGUGUCUCUCCUGUGACCGUAACGUUCACUCGGCUAACGCUUUGUCUAAACGUCAUUCUCGGACUUUGAUAUGUGAGCGGUGCAAUGCUCAGCCGGCUUCUGUUCGGUGCAGCGAUGAGAGGGUUUCUCUCUGUCAAAACUGUGACUGGUCAGGCCACAACAAUGAUGCUACUUCACAACAUAAAAGACAAAGUCUCAACUGCUAUUCUGGUUGUCCUUCUAGCGAGGAGCUUGCCUCCAUAUGGUCUUUCUGUAUGGAUUUGGAUUUCUCUUCUGCUGGACAAUCUGCUUGUGAGAAAGAAAUGGGUUUGAUGACUAUAGAUGAAGGCACCGGAGAGGAUAAAACAAACGUACAAAAUGUUAAUGUAGAUCAGCCUGGAACCAGUUCUGCAUUGGCUAAGGAGUUUGGAGUAUCAGAAGAUGAUUUCUGUGGCAAUCUCAUUAUGAAUGAAAUGGACUUGGCUUUUGAGAAGUACGACGAGCUCUUUGGCACAGCUUACAACUCUUCAAAAGAUCUUUUCGAACAUGGUGGAAUUGGAAGUCUUUUCGAGAAACAUGAAGGCUCGAAGGCAAUGCAGCAGCAGCAGCAGCCAGCAGGAAGCAAUGCUGCAUCUGAAGAUUCUUUCAUGACUUGUAGAACCGAGCCAAUCAUUUGCUUCUCAUCACAGCCAGCACAUUCGAAUAUAUCCUUCUCUGUCGUCAUGGGAGACAGUACUAGUGACUGUGGGGCGUCAUCUAUGCAGAAGCUUUCAAGAGAGAUAACAUCACAGGAUGAGACUAAUGCUUCCUCACAUGCGACAACAACACGUAACAAUGCUGUUAUGCGUUAUAAGGAAAAGAAGAAGGCUCGCAAGUUCGACAAGAGAGUGAGGUAUGUGUCUAGGAAAGAAAGGGCUGAUGUUAGAAGGCGUGUGAAGGGACGGUUUGUCAAGUCAGGUGGAGCUUAUGAUUACGACCCGAUGAGCCCUGCAAGAAGCUACUGAAGAAGCCAUAAAGUGGAGAUAUAUCAGACAAAGAGAUGUAUCUAUAGAUGGCAGUUUCAGGAUCACCAGUUUCAGUUUGUUUCCUCCUUCUUUCAUUGCUUCUUAAGCAUAUGAAUAGAUAGUGAAACUCUUCGACGGACUGAGGAGCAAAGAUCCUCAAAAUUUUGUUUUAUUAUUGCCCACGGCGAGAGGAGGAAUGUAUACAUGUUGUUAUAUGUAAAUCCGCAUAUACUUUUCUAAUCUGUGUGCACUAUUUAUCAGUCAUGUAGGAGAGUAGAGAGAGGCAUGUUUUCUAUAUUUAUUUCUGUGUUUUUUUUCCAGAGCUAACCACAAUAAUCAAAACUCUGGACUCAUAUAACUCUCUUACCUC